AGGUACAGUGGUACACGGAGAGAUGUGUGGCAGUUGGGAUUGAGAAGUCUUCGGCGGAGGUCACAAAUACCACUCUCCCAUUUCCUCACUCAUAUCUUUGGUUUUUUCUUCUCACGGAAUUCUGUGUGACAUCCUGUUGUCUAAAAAUUUUAAAUCAAACUUAAACUGGUUUUCUGUUAAGUUUUUUCCUCCAAAAGCCACCUGUGGUGAUCGAAAUGGGAUUAAUCGAAACAAUACGCUUUCGCAUUAUUCCCUCUUUGUCUUCUAACUGGAAAACGUACGUGUUGGUCCUUCUGCCGUUAAUCCUUCUGCCAUUACCAGUGCUAGGCAAUGGAAAGGAAGCACGAACAGGCUAUGUAAUCAUCAUAAUGGCCAUUUACUGGAUGACUGAAGCUUUACCUGUACCCAUCACGAGUUUGCUUCCAGUUGUUCUGUUCCCUCUGCUAGGCAUAAUGGAUACUGGAAAAGUUUGCACAGCUUACAUGAAAGAAACAAACAUGAUGUUUAUAGGAGGCUUGAUGGUUGCUCUGGCUAUUGAACACUGCAAUUUACAUAAGAGAACGGCCCUAAGGGUUUUGUUGCUUGUUGGCGCUAGCCCUCGAUGGUUGAUGUUAGGUUUCAUGUUGGUGACAAUGUUUCUUUCUAUGUGGAUUUCGAACACAGCUACUACUGCCAUGAUGGUUCCGAUCGUUGAAGCUGUCGUUGAAGAACUGUUUAAGGAAAAUGAAGGAGUGAACGCAUUCCGAGAGUCGCCAGUUACUUCGUUUGAGAAUACAUCAGUCGACAUGAAUCUUAGUUCCGAAAAUGUUGAUUGUUGCAUCGAUACUGUUGGUUCUAUAGAUUCCGUCGCUGAUGUAGGUAAAAGUUGCCUAGAACUGACACCUUCUGGCCGUAGGAGCACACAUAAUCCAGAACACAAGAAGAAAAUCCGCAGCGGUGUUUUCAUGUCGAUUGCAUACGCUUCUAAUAUUGGGGGAACUGGGUCUCUGAUUGGAUCGGGUCCACAGUUGGCUCUAAAAGGAAUAUUGAAUGAGUUAUAUGGGCCUGCUCCUGGAUUAAACUUUGCUUCGUGGAUGGCUUUUAAUAUUCCAGGAAUGCUUAUCAAUACCUUCCUGGCAUGGAUUUGGCUUCAAUAUCUGUUUAUUGGAUUUAAACGAACAACAACCGACGAAGAUGGAAAAACAAAAGUCGUUAAAAAUUUGAUUAAAAAAAAGUACGAAGAAUUGGGUCCAAUGACCUUUCACGAAAUUGCGACUCUGAUUCUAUUCAUUGUGUGCGUUUUUCUUUGGUUUUUUCGCGAUCCACAGUUCAUCACUGGAUGGUCGGAAUAUUUACACGCAGUAGAAGUAGACGAUGCGACUGCGGUAAUGACAAUCGUUAUGUUUCUUUUUAUUAUACCAGCAAAGCCAAAGAUUUGGUGGUUCCGGAAUGUAGGAGAAGUGACUCAAUUUUCUGAAUCUUGUUCCGCACUUUUGGAAUGGAAGUACGUACAAGACAAACUACCUUGGGGAGUCGUCCUUCUUCUAGGUGGUGGUUUUGCCAUUUCUGAUGCGUCCAAAAUAUCCGGACUUUCUACUUGGCUUGGAGCUCAGCUUUCUGUUUUGAGUGUCCUACCUCCGUUCAUCAUUAUGUUGACCAUUUGUAUAAUGACUGCCGCCGUAACUGAAGUGGCGUCUAACACGGCUACGGCAAAUAUCCUUUUGCCCAUUCUAUCUGAAAUGGCCAAUACCAUACAAGUAAACCCUCUUUUUCUCAUGCUACCUGCUACAGUCACAUGUUCUUAUGCGUUCAUGUUACCAGUCGCCACUCCUCCUAAUGCAAUCGUUUUCGCUGCAGGAAAAAUGAAUCAAGUAGAUAUGAUGAAAACAGGAUUUUUCAUGAACAUUAUAUGUGUCUUCACCAUUUGUGUGUUGACAGUAAGCUAUGGCAGUUUUAUGUUUGGAUUCGAAAAGUUUCCAGAAUGGGCGCUUCCAAAGCUUAUUAUGAAUGAUACAAUGACCCAAAUGAUUCUUCGUUCAAACCAUACUUUAUAAUAACUAUUGUUAGACCUGAUUAAAUAACUGGCAUGGUUUUAUUGAUAAUAAAAUCUGGUUUUCUCUUGUA